UCCCGGUCCCAAAGGUUCCGCUGCGGCUGCUGAGAAGGGAGCGGGUCUCGUUGAGCUCCCUUAGAUUGCCGGCCGGCCGCAAAAUGGUGGCGUAGUCAGUGUGCGAGAGCCCCCAUUCCGACAACUGGCUUAGCAGGCCCGGCGGACCGGCAAGAAGGACGGAAGGAGAAGCGCCCGCGGCCAUGGCCAGCGUGCACGAGAGCCUGUACUUCAACCCCAUGAUGACCAACGGGGUGGUGCACGCCAACGUCUUCGGCAUCAAAGACUGGGUCACCCCCUACAAGACGGCGUUGCUGGUGCUGAUCAGCGAGAUGGGCCGCGACGGGCCUUACCUCAGCCUGCUCGAGAGGCGCAGUCUCAACCGCAUGUUGCUGCUGCUGCUUCAGGGCCCUGAUAUGACCCUUUCUCGACUGAUUAAGGCCAUUGAAGAAUGCUGCUCCCAGCUAGCAAGCUUAGUGCAAAUAAGGAUAAAGCUGAUGGCAGCGGGAGAACUGAAAGACAUGGAGCAGUUCUUCGAUGACCUCUCAGAGGCAUUCAAUAGACCAGAACCAGAUGUUCACAAGACCAGUGUCGUAGGCUUGUUCCUGCGUCAGAUGAUCCUGGCCUACAACAAGCUGUCCUUCAGCCAAGUGUACAAGCUGUACACAGCGCUUCAGCAGUACUACCAGGAGGACCUGAAGAAGAGCGGCGGAGAGGAGGCCGAGAUGGAGCUGACGCCCAGUGAGGGCCUCGACACAAAGAUGGAGAAAGAAGACUUUGACGGACCUCUCAGGGAGGAAGAAAUAUCUUGCAAUGGGCCUCUUUCGCAGAAGCAAGCAGAAUACUUCCUCUCGCAACAGGCUUCUCUAUUGAAAAACGAUGAAACGAAAGCUCUUUCUCCGGCAUCUUUACAAAAGGAACUGAACAGCUUAUUAAAAUUUAACCCUGAUUUUGCUGAAGCGCACUACUUAAGCUAUUUAAACGGCCUCCGGGUGCAAGAUGUCUUCAGCUCCACUCACAGCCUCCUCCACUACUUCGACCGUCUCAUCCUCACUGGUGCCGAAAGCAAGAGCAACGGCGACGAGGGCUAUGGCAGGAGUCUGCGAUACGCUGCGCUGAACCUGGCCGCUCUGCACUGCCGCUUUGGCCACUACCAAUUGAAAGGUUCCUGUUCUCAGAGAACCAACGGUCCCUGCAAACUCUGUUAUCUGCAAACCGAGUGUUUCAUUUCCUUGCUGCCUCGGGAACAUGUCAUGAAGAAGUCUUCUGUAGUACUAGUCCCUUUCUCUUUCCAGAGCUAUUUGUACAUCCGGAAGCAGAAAAAUUCCGACAGUUGGCAGCUUUUGAAGGGUUCUGGUAGUUAGGCGGUGCAUUUUGGAUUGCCGUAUUUAGCCUCCCUGGGGAUCCAGUCCUUGGUUCAGCAAAGAGCUUUUGCGGGGAAGACAGCCAGCAAUCUAAUGGAUGCCUUGAAGGUCUCCGACCUCCUACACUGGAAGCACAGCCUGUCCGAGCUUAUCGACAUCAGCAUUGCCCAGAAGACGGCUAUUUGGAGGCUCUACGGUCGCAGCACCAUGGCCCUCCAGCAGGCCCAGAUGCUGCUGAGCAUGAACAGCCUGGAGGCCGUGAACGUGGGCAUCCAGCAGAACAACACCGAGUCCUUUGCGGUGGUGCUGUGCCACCUGGCCGAGCUGCACGCCGAGCAGGGCUAUUUUGCAGCAGCCUCAGAAAUCCUGAAGCACCUGAAAGAGAGAUUCCCCCCCAACAGUCAGCAUGCACAGCUGUGGAUGCUUUGUGAUCAAAAGAUCCAGUUUGACAGAGCCAUGAAUGACGGCAAGUACCAUGUUGCUGAUUCACUCGUGGCUGGAAUUACUGCAUUGAAUACCACAGAGGGGGUGUACAGGUAAGCAGUCCACAGGAACAAGGGCUUCUGCUGAUGUCUGA